CAUAUGCCGCCCAAAAAUAACCACCAGCUAUCAAGCGGACUCCUCCCAACGCCGGCGUCAGUGGAGGACAGCUGGCGGCAUCUCCCCGCCGUCUUUCUCCCACUACCACCAUGGCCGACCUCUACCCGGACAAGGAGAAGGCCGCCAGCAGCAGCGACGGCGGCGUCGCCGUCACAGAGGCGCACAUCGAGGAGAGGGCUCCCGAGACGGUCAUCGUGCAGCGGUUUGGUCGAUUCGGUGGGUGGAUGGCGAAGCUGUUUGACCAUGGAGUGGAGGCGAGAGGUAUUGAGCGCGUGCCGGAGGACGAGCGCGAGUCGAAGAAUGUAUGGAAUAACUUGUUGAUGUGGUGGUCGGUCAACACCGUCCUGACGACCAUCCCCAUCGGCGUCUUGGCCCAAGAGUUCUACACGCUCACCUUCCCGCAUGCCGUGGCUACCAUCAUGUGCUUCGGUGCACUUGGAGGCGUAUGCACGGCCUUCAUCGCAACUCUCGGCCCCCAAACAGGCCUACGCACCAUGGUCAUCACGCGCUUCAGCUCCGGCUACGUCGGCGGGACCAUCUACUCCAUCCUCAACAUCCUCACCCAGCUAGGCUUCUCCACCACCGCCGUCAUCCUCGGCGGGCAGACGCUUGCGUCCAUCAACCCAGGUACGCUCCCGCUCGUGGUCGGCAUUAUCAUCAUCGGCCUCUGCUCGCUCGUCCCGUGUUUCAUCGGCUACAAUAUGGUGCACAUCUACGAGCGCUACGCGUGGAUCGUCACGUUCAUCGUGAUGCUCUUCCUCUGGGGGCUCGGCGGGCGCGCUGGGUUCGACAUCGGCGCGCAGAAGGGGCUGGAGGAUCAUGGGCGCGCACUUAGCGCGGACGUGCUGAGCUUUGGGGGCAUCGUGUUCGGGUCGUUUACGGGGUGGGCGCCUGUCGCAGCAGACUACAACUGCCGCCUCCCGGUGUCCACGCCCCCACUCAAAGUCUUCCUCCUCACCUUCUUCGGCCUCUUCAUCCCCAUCUGCUUCGUCGAGAUCCUCGGCGCCGCGCUCAUGACGAUCACCGACCCCGCAUACACGAGCGCCUUCGCGGAGGGGAGCACCGGCGGCCUGCUCGGGCAGGUCCUCUCCCCGUGGAAAGGCGGGGGCAAGUUCGUCCUCGUCCUGCUCGCGCUAUCCGUCGUCGCGAACAACAUCCCGAACACGUACAGCACCGCGCUCUCCAUCCAGGCGCUCGCCCGCCCCUUCGCGCUCAUCCCGCGCUUCGUGUGGACGCUCCUCGCGUUCGCGAUCUACACCAUCGCGGGCGUCGCGGGCCGCGAGCACUUCUCCGAGAUCCUCUCGAACUUCCUCAGCAUCCUGAGUUAUUGGACGGCGUUCUUCAUCGUCAUCGUCGCGGAGGAGCAUCUCAUCUUCCGCAGGCGCGGCGGACCGCUUGGGGGGUAUAAUUUGGCGGAUUAUGAUACGCCGGGGCGGUUGCCGCUGGGUGUCGCUGGUAUCCUGGCUGGCUGCUUCGGAGUCGCGGGUGCUGUUGUCGGGAUGUCUGAGGUCUGGUAUACGGGUCCGCUAGGGAGAGACGCCGGCACGGAGCUCUACGGCGCCGAUCUUGGCUUCGAGCUGGCGGCGGGUUUUGCUGCAGUGACCUUCCUCCCACUACGAUAUCUCGAGAUCCGCUUAACGGGUCGAUAGAAAAUAGUACGGGAUAGAGCGACCAGUUUGAAUGGACGUUGCACAGUGCUAUAUAUCUACUGCUGGCAUACAUACUUGGAAUAAUCGUAAUGUACAACUAUGGCGAGCACGAAUCGCAUUGAAUGGUCUAGAUGUAGCAGUACCUUGGUGUAGCCGUAAGUUGGGUUAUUGGUAUAACACAUGGUGAGGGUUG